GAAUUGCUCACCACCUGCAAGGUCUGUGGCCAAGCAGUAGGCGACAUCAGCUCCAAGGUUGUGGGCACUUUGCUCAUAGUGGAGGGCAUGUGUGACAAAGAACACAUGCUCCAGUGGAGGAGCCAGCCACUUGUUCGUGGGAGUGGAGCUGGAAACAUUCUUCUGGCAGCAGGAGUGCUAUUUUCUGGCUGUGCAGUGGCUGCGACCUUGAGGUGCCUAAAUUCUAUCGGCGUGCAGACCAUCACAGAACGGACCUUCUACAACUACCAGAGGGCCUACUUGCUGCCUGCCAUAAACGAGCUUUUCCACCGUAAGCAAGCUGAAAUGGCCAGUGAGCUUGCUGGCUUGCAAGUCGACCUGGCAGGUGACGGGCGCUGUGACUCUCCAGGCUACAGUGCCAAGUACAUGACAUACAGUGUGCUUUCUAUGCAGAAUGGCUGCAUUUUGCACACAGAACAAGUGCAAGUUGGAGAGUCGCCUGAAGUCCCUAACAGUGUUUCUAUGGAAAAACAAGGGCUUGCCAAGUGCUUGAUGGGUGUCGAGAAGCUGGGCAUCAGGAUACGUUCGCUGACAACAGACCGACAUCCUGGUGUCAACCGGUACUGCCGCGUGGAGAAGCCAGAGAUUAAGCACUGGUUUGAUACUUGGCAUGUUGCUAAAGGUCUGAAAAAAAAGCUCCUGGCUGCUAGCCGCACACAUCAAGUUAUCACACCUUGGAUCCAAAGCAUCCUAAACCACCUCUACUGGGUGGCUGCCAUGGGCCAAGGUGAUGGUGAGCUUGUCAUCAGCAUGUGGAGAAGCCUGCUCAACCACGUGUGCAACAAACACGAUGGCCAUGAUGGGCCCUACAAAAAAUGCCUCCAUGACUCCCUUGACGACAGGGAAUGGUUGAGACCAGCAUCACCUGCAUUUCUUCGUCUCAAAACCAUUGUCGACAAUGCGAGACUACUGAAGGAUAUCCGCCGGCUCUCUCCUGAGGUGCAAACGUUUUCAUUGGAGUCCUUCCACAGCGUGCUGAAUCGGUUUGCUCCAAAGUCCAAUGCCUUCUCAGUGGACGGAAUGCAAGAGAGAACGAGGCUCGCUGUGCUGCACUUCAACGAGAAUGCUGCACGGCACCAAGCACUCACUCAGGAUGGAGAGCAGCGGUGGAAGAUUAAAUCUUCCAAGGCAAGGCGAGGCCACUUCACUGUGACUACAGUGAAAGAGGACCCAAGCUACGAACGGAAGAUCCAUCAGCUGUGUUCCACAUCUAGGCCAGCAGACUGCCCCACGAGCAACACAUGACCCAAGACUAUAUAUUGUCCUUGCAAAUAAAUUGCGCCUUUUUUGGUCCAUGCUAUGAAGUGUGUCGCGUCAGUCCUUUGCAACCACAUGACGGCCUCAUGAGGAUACGUGUGGGCACCUCAUUGACUCUGGCUGCUCGGGCCACGUAGACAGGUGGUGCUCAGGCAUCCCCUGCAUCCUGCGCUUUCUGUCGCACAGCUGCUACGGAGGGAACACUAGACUGCAUCUCUCAGAAGCUGUCCGGGCCUUCAGACAGUCCAUGCGUGCCAUCUACGUAGCCUGGGCCAACAACUCGGCCGUCCGCCUGACUUUUGCCAAUGGACACACGGUCCUUUGUUUAUGUUUAUGCCACUCCUGCAUGUAACCCUGGAAAGAGGCCUUAUUAUGUUCAUGAAUUUAUGCCGCAGGGCGUACUUGCACAAUAAAAAAAGUGUUGAGACACUCCCGCAACACACUAACACCCGUCUGGUGAAAUGUGCCCCACUCUGUUCCGAGCAGGCAAGCGAAGAGAACUACUUGGCUAAUGCAGUCAGGCAGCCACCUUUCCUUGGGGCAGCAUCAAAGACUUGACCAA